CUUUUCUCACUCAAUCACAAACCUUCACAUGCGCAUCUGAGGAUUCUGACUUGGUGAACAGAGACCCACUGCUGAUUACGAGAGGUAAGUGCCCCUCAUCAGCAGAAUCCCUUUAAUAAGUGAUCGUCGUGCGGUGAAAACACCAGAAUUGUCGUUUUCAUUCAUCCUGACAGUCAAUUUCUUGCACUUGACUUUUCCUGUUACAAUUGAACCUUUUGUUGGGCUUAUUACACCGCAAAAACGCGUCUUGGCCUUAUUGCGCGCAGCUAAAAUGACGUAUCCCCGCCCCGAUUUCGAGCGUAACCCACUUCGUUGGGAGUCCCUCAACGGACAAUGGGAUUUCCUCUUUGAUGAUGGAGAUUCCGGCCUCAACGAGAAUUGGCAGCGUAAAGGCCUCCCAGAGAAGGUCAAUGUCGACACUUCUGCCAAUCGCAAAGAAACUGGUCAGAAUGACAGCGUGGUACAGAAGAUCAUGGGUGAUGCCCAUUCUCUUAUUCAGAACAACGUCUUUGCUUCAUCUACGCAGACUACCAACUCAAAAACCAAAAUCAAUGUCCCGUAUGUUUUCCAAUCUCCUGCUUCUGGUAUCAAUGACCGUGGCGUUCAUGAGGUUAUGUGGUAUGAGCGUGUCAUUUCAGACUUGCGAUCAGCCCAGGAGAAGGAGAAGGGACACAAGCUGGUCUUGAGAUUUGGUGCUGUUGAUUAUGAGGCUAGUGUUUGGGUCAAUGGAGAAUAUGUCGGUGGUCAUCGCGGCGGUCACGUUCCCUUCGAAAUUGACAUUACUGAUGCCGUGGAUACCGCUAAGGAUGCAACAACUCACCGAGUCACUUUGCGCGUCUAUGAUUCGGCUUAUGAUCUUACACAACCUCGAGGCAAACAAUACUGGGCUGCCAAGCCAGAGACUAUCUUCUACACCCCAUCUGGUGGUAUCUGGCAGUCUGUUUGGCUAGAGGUUGUUCCCAGUGUUCGUAUUGCUGAUAGCUCUUAUGGAACGGUUAUCAAGUCCAAUGAUAUCCAAUCUGGCCAGCUUCGAAGCACCAUCGCUGUCAAGGGACGCAGAAUUGGAAAGGGCUAUUCUGUCGAGCUUGAAUCCAGCUUUGCUGGUAUUCCUGUUGCUAAAUCGGACAAGAAGGUUCUUCCCCGAGAGACGAGCUCCGUUGGCGUUGAGCUGAACAUGCGCCUGUCCGAAGAGCAGAGAUCCAAGCUAUCCAAGUCUGUCACUGAAAGCGCCCCUCUUGACAACGACUUUGCUUGGCGCGAUGGUGUUGCACUCUGGUCUCCUGAGCAUCCCCAACUCUAUGACCUCGUUAUUCGCCUUUAUGAUGACGCUGAGAACGUCAUCGACGAAGUCAAGACAACCACCGGUAUGAGAAACAUCAACUGGACAACAGGAGAUGGUACCUGGCGACUCAACGACAAGCCCUACUUCCAGGCUCUCUGCCUAGACCAAGGCUACUGGCCUGAGACCUUCAUGACUCCUCCUAGUUCCGAGAGUCUCAAGCUGGAUAUUGAGCUCGCCAAGAAAAUGGGCCUCAACGGUUGCAGAAAGCACCAGAAGGUUGAGGACCCCCUCUUCUACUACUGGGCUGACAAGCUUGGCUUCCUCGUCUGGGGUGAGAUUGCGAAUGCUUAUGCGUUCAGUGCUGAGUAUGUUGAUCGAUUCAAUGCCGAGUGGACUGAAGCUGUCAAGCUGGUUAUCAACCGUCCAUCGGUCGUGACAUGGACUCCUGUGAAUGAAAGCUGGGCUUAUCCUAACCUUGAGGAUAACGCUGAUCAGCGUAACCAUAUUCGUCAGCUCUACCAUCUCACCAAGUGCCUUGAUGAUACACGAAGUAUCAACGAUAACUGUGGAUGGCAGCAUGUCCUGACUGACCUAACCACAUUCCAUGACUAUAGCGAUGGCCCUGAGAUCGAAAAGACCUGCUCCACUCUUGAGGGCAUCAUUGGCCCCAAGGCUGGUCGAGGUGUUUUCCUACCCCCUAUUCCUGGUGCUGACGAGGGCUCUAAGCACAAGCCUGGCGCUCCUGUCAUGAACACUGAGUUCGGAGGUGUCAACAUUGCACCAGCCAAGAAGGAAGAUGGCGAUAGCCUCGAUUGGGGUUACACUACUGCCACUAACGCCGAUGACCUGGUCGAAAGGAUUGAGCGCCUCGUCAACGGUGUUGUCUUGGGAGGACACUGCUGUGCUUUUGUCUAUACUCAGCUGGCGGAUAUUGAGCAGGAGGUCAACGGACUGUACACUUUCAACCGAGAGGCGAAGUUAGAUGCUUCCAAGGUCAAGGCUGUGAUCGACAAGGCUCUCGGCGCUUACUACAACAGGGUCAAAUAAGGAUCACGUCAGCUAUGCUUUCUAUAGUGCGCCGAGUUGAGGCUGGCCUCUGAAUACUUAGUUCCGAAAUGUAUAUGAUACGAAUGAUAUAUCCUUCGCAUGAUUACGUACCUGAGUCACUCAUAGGUCCUGAAAUGGUCACACCGAUACUUUAAGUGGCUUGGCAAGCACAGCCAUGCUAUUUCGAAACCUAUUGAGCCAAUAUAUGCCCGUGAAAUCGAUCAUGGAUUGAUUUAUUCUUUGGCAUUAUUGGAAUCUACAGCUAUUCUCUGAUGGGAUAGGCCUACAUUCCCAUUAAUGAUUGAGCCUAGCCUAUUUUAAUUCCCAAAUACAACUUCAGGCUAUAAAAUGCGGC